AUGAAUUUGGCUCUUUUACUGAUCAAUCUUUUCAUCACUUAUGUGAUGUUUGCGUCCGGCGUCAUCAAGGCUGAAGAGUACAAACUAGACUACUCGGCGUUGAAUACUGCCCUACCUGCGAUUGAGACAGUAGGUAGCAAGUUUUUCAACAGUGAAACGGGAGAACAAUUUUUCAUCAAAGGAAUCGCGUACCAACCAAGCUAUUCCUUGGAGGGUCUUAGAAGCCUUGGUAUCCCGAUGAGUGACACAAAAUAUAUUGACCCGCUGGCCUCGCCUGAAAUAUGUCUAAGAGACAUUCCUCACCUAGCUGAACUAGGAGUUAAUACAAUCAGAGUCUAUGCUAUUGAUCCAGCUCAGUCUCAUGACGUUUGUAUGGAAGCUCUCCAGGAAAACGGAAUUUAUGUUAUGCUCGAUCUUUCCGAGCCCGACGCCUCUAUUUCCAGGGACUCUCCCAGCUGGGACGUUCAAGUGUGCCAAAGAUACAAAGAUGUAAUAGAUGCAAUGCAUCAAUAUCCAAAUGUUCUGGGAUUUUUUGCGGGGAAUGAAGUUACCAACGACAACACGAAUACAGAUGCGUCGCCAUUUGUCAAGGCCUCUAUCCGAGAUAUGAAAGAACACAUAAAGAAAAUGAACUAUCGAGCAAUCCCCGUAGGAUACUCCACAAAUGACGAUGUAGAUACUCGAGAAAAUCUCGCGCAGUUCUUCAGCUGCGGUGACGCUGCUGCGGAUUUUUAUGGCAUCAACAUGUAUGAGUGGUGCGGCUACUCAUCAUUCCACAGUAGCGGUUAUGAUAAAAGAACCCAGGAGUUCAAAAACUACCCGGUCCCUGUUUUCUUCUCGGAGUUUGGCUGCAAUUUAGUCAGACCUCGGCCUUUUACAGAAGUGGAAGCGCUUUACAGCAAACAGAUGACUGGAGUUUGGUCUGGAGGAUUGGCAUACAUGUAUUUUGAAGAAGAGAACGAAUACGGACUUGUAGAGAUAGACUCAAAAAACCGCGUCGUCCGAUUGAAGGACUUCGAGUAUUUGAGAGAUGAAUUCGCCAGGUCCGAGCCGCAAGGAAUAACAAAAUCUGAAUAUUUGCGAAGACAGAAGUUAGACACCACAAAGCCCUCCAAAAGGGUGUGUCCACCUAUCUCCGAAACUUGGAAAGCAUCAGAAAAAUUGCCCGAUACACCUAACCAGUCGAAAUGCUCCUGUCUGACGAGCUCUUUGCCCUGUCUAGUCUCUCCUUUCAGCGACCAGGAUAAAUACAGAGAGUAUUUUGAAUACGUCUGUGGUCAGAUUGACUGUUCAGACAUUGAGGCAGAUGGUGAGAACGGCAAGUACGGUGAAUUUUCGGGCUGCACGGCGGAUCAAAAGCUCGCUUUGCAAAUAAGCAAGAUGUAUUAUAGCAUGUCCGACCCAAAAGACACUUGUCCAGUGGAUGAUAGACAUAUCUAUUUCAACCGCGAAAGUAUUAGUAACCAAAAGGAUGAAAAGUGUGCUUCGCUGAUUGAAUCUGUCCAGAAAGUGUCGAAAGCGCGGAAAACUAACGAUCGAAGUUUGAAGCCGACUAACAAAGAAAAAUCGUCUGGAAGUCACAAUAUAGCGUCAAGCAUUCUAAUGUCAUUGGCAUUCGUAAUAUGGGCAGAGUGGAUCGUAUAG